AGUUUCGCACAAAGAAACGAAGACAUAUAAGCGAGUCGCUCCACAAAUUGCAAUAUUUCACUAUCAGUAAGUGCACUGUUCGAUGUGUAUGACGACGGAGAUGACGACCACUGAAGACGACACCAAAAGAAGCAGCGAUACACACAUGAAGCUUCCAGCUGAAAUCGGCACCGAUUACACCUUCAAAAGGAAGAUCGUCUGGUUCAACGCGAUAGGAUUCCUGCUGCUUCACCUAUGCGGACUGUACGGCGUAUACAGGGUCUUCUACGCCAACGCGGCGACCUUCCUCUGGAUGGGCGUUUUGGCUCUGGCCUCAGGCGAAGGCGUCACGAUCGGAGCCCAUCGACUCUUCUCCCACAAAUCCUUCAAAGCCACCUUAGCCCUGCGGAUGCUCCUCGUCAUCCUGCAAACCAUCGCCGGACAGAACUGUUUGUACAUUUGGGUUAGAGAUCACCGUCAGCAUCACAAGUACUCGGACACCGACGCGGACCCACACAACGCGUACAGAGGUUUCUUCUUCUCGCACGUCGGUUGGUUGAUGAGCAGAAAACAUCCCGCGGUCAUAAGCAAAGGUAAAACCAUCGACAUGUCCGAUUUGGAGGCGGAUUGGAUCGUGAUGUUGCAGAAGAAAUACUACAAACCUUUGUACGUCGUCUUCGCGUUGGCGCUUCCCAUCUUCGUGCCCGUCUACUUCUGGAACGAGACGUGGUGGAACUCCCUGUUCAUCAGCUACUUCCUCCGCUACAUCGUCGUGUUGAACAUCACCUGGUUAGUGAACAGCGCGGCGCAUUUCUACGGCAUGAAACCCUACGACAGCACCAUGCGACCCUCCGAAUGCAUGACCGUCUCCAUCCUGUCGCAAGGCGAGGGUUGGCAUAACUACCAUCACACGUUCCCAUGGGAUUACAGAGCUGCAGAGUUCGGAACUCGCGUCUCCUUGACGACGCUCACCAUAGACGCCCUGGCGAUGCUCGGAUUCGCGUACGAUCUGAGGACGACCUCCAAGAAGAUCAUACAGCAACGCGUCUUGAGAACCGGAGACGGUUCGCAUCCCAUCAGCAAAUCCGCGGCAACUUGAUCCCAAAUUCAAUGUGUUUUGUUUGUAUGUUCAUUUUUUUUUUAUUAUUUUUGUUUUGUUAUUUAUUCUACUCCCUCUACCAAAUAUUAACUCUACGAAAUUGUUAUAUUUCUUAAGAAAUCGACCUGUUGUAGAUAAACGAAAAUAUAUAGAGUUUAAACUAAA